UUCCUUAUUUCGUUUCUUCUUUUAGAGUUAGUUUUUUGUUCUACAGAUUAAACAGAAAUAGGUUGAGGUUUAUUUAUAUAGGCCUAAUAUUUACUCUGAGAUAAUGAAUGUGCCACGUCCGUACAUGAUCCACCUAUGACAUGAUGCCUACCAGCCACACCUUCCCUCUGUAAAUCAGAUAAAAGGACAGGACCCACUUCAGCCCAGCAUACCUACCUGCCUACCAGCCCAACUAGAACCAUGUUUGUGUUCUUCUGUGUUAUCUCUCUCCUCAGUCUUGCUUUGGAUGCUGAACACGACACUCCUGACCAGGUUAAAGAGCUAUCCCGAAAAUCCUGCACCAUGGGCUGGUAUGACUUUAACGGACGCUGCUAUAAGUAUGUUGCCACACGACUGGACUGGGCAGACGCUGAGUCCUACUGUGUGACUCAGGGAGCGAACUUGGCCUCUGUGCACAGUGAGGCAGAACACCAGUUCAUCAAAAUCCUAAUCAAGAUGUUCGACCCUGCGGAGUUCUACACCUGGAUCGGGUUGUCUGACAUCGUUAAGGAGGGGAGGUGGAUGUGGACUGACGGGUCCAAGGUGGACUUUACCGACUGGUUUAAAUCAGACCCUGAUGGUGGAAAGGCUCAAAACUGUGUAAAUACAAACUAUCAAACGCUGUGGAUUGAUAAUGAAUGCAGCGAGGGUUACGCCUUUGUCUGCGCUGAGCGUCUCUGCUAGUCAGUCAUCCGUCAAGAUGGAGGUGGCUGUCCUAGGAGAGAAGAAACCCUUUUUUCCCCAAUA